AUGCAGCUCGCUCCUAAGAUUUCGGGCAAGCACGACCCGAACAGCCAAAAUGAGGCUCACGUCGAGAACCUCACAAACGCCCUCCCCGGACUCAACGAGAAGGAUGCCGUUGCCGUCGCGGCGGCCGGAGGCUGGGAGGUUGACGCUCUGAUCGACAGCUUGGAGCGCGAGAUCGAAGCCGAAGGUGGAAUCAAGAAGGGCAUUUUCGAUCUCGAAUUCAAGAACACCAAGUACUUCACCUGGCUCAUCGUUGCCUUCGCCUCCAUGGGUGGUCUCCUGUCCGGUCUUGAUCAGUCUCUGAUUUCCGGCGCCAACCUGUUCCUCCCCAAGGAUCUUGGUCUUAGCGACCGCCAGAACAGCUUGGUCAACUCUGCUAUGCCUCUUGGUGCCGUCGGUGGUGCCCUUAUUCUCAGUCCCUGCAACGAAUACCUCGGAAGAAGGAUGUCCAUCAUCAUCUCCUGCGUUCUCUACACCAUUGGUGGUGCUCUCUGCGCUGGUGCCAUGAACUUUGGCAUGAUUGUCUCUGCUCGUGUCAUUCUUGGCAUGGGUGUCGGUCUCGAGGGUGGUACUGUCCCCGUUUACGUUGCCGAGACUGCCGAGCGCCGCAUCCGUGGUAACGUUGUCUCGCUAUACCAGUUGAACAUCGCCUUGGGUGAGGUUCUGGGUUAUGCUGUUGCUGCCAUGUUCCUUCACGUUCCCGGCAACUGGCGCUGGAUUCUCGGCUCCUCCCUGCUCUUCUCGUCUAUCAUGUGGGCCGGUAUGCUCUUCCUGCCCGAGUCCCCCCGUUACCUCAUGCACAAGGGCAAGACGCUCGAAGCCUACAAGGUGUGGAAGCGCAUCCGCGGUACCUCUACUCCCGAGGCCAGGGAGGAGUUCUUCGUUAUGAAGGUCUCUGUCCUUGACGAGAAGCAGGUCGUCGCGGAGGGUGCGAAGAACAAGCGCUUCCCUUGGAUGGACUUCUUCACCGUUCCUCGUGCACGCCGCGCUUUGAUCUACGCCAACAUCAUGAUUCUUCUUGGUCAGUUGACUGGUGUCAACGCUAUCAUGUACUACAUGUCGAUUCUGAUGCAGCAGAUCGGUUUCAACGACGAGAAGGCCACUUACAUGUCCCUUGUCGGCGGUGGUUCUUUGCUCAUUGGUACCAUUCCUGCCGUCUUGUACAUGGAGAAGUUCGGUCGUCGCUUCUGGGCCAACACCAUGCUUCCCGGUUUCUUCGUCGGUCUCAUCAUCAUCGGCGCCAGCUACCAGAUCCCCACCACAACAAACACUACCGGUGCAGUUGCUUGCUACCUUGUUGGUUUGGCCAUUUACAUGAUGUUCUUCGGCUGCUACGCUUGCCUUACCUGGGUUGUCCCCUCUGAGGUCUACCCAACCUACCUCCGUUCCUACGGCAUGACCACGUCUUCUGGCCUUCUGUUCCUUUCUUCUUUCAUUGUCACCUACAACUUUACUGCUAUGCAGGAAGCCAUGACCCGCACGGGCCUCACUCUGGGCUUCUACGGAGGCAUCGCCAUCUUGGGAUGGUUCUACCAGCCGACGAGGGAAAUCAUCGCUGAGAACAUGAAGAACAUGUUCAAGUUUGGACGGGGUGAGAGAGCGCCUGACGCCGAAAUGGAAGUUAACGAGAAGGAAGGAAAUAAGGAGACCCUUGCCUAA